GACGGCAGCUGCCGCCGCCAUGGCGGGUCGGGGCUCCGGCUCCUCCGAGCACUUCGAGCGGCUGCACGAGAUUUUCCGGGGGCUGCAGGCGCAGCUGCGGGGCGUCCCGGAGAGACUGCGGGGGAGCGCGGCCGCUGCGGGAGAUGGAAGAAGAACUGAAAUAUGCCCCAGUGUCCUUCCGCAACCAAAUGAUGAACAGAAUCCGGACCUACAAGAGAGACCUUGCCAUGUUCCAGAGAGAGAUUAAAAGCACAGAUUUGGGGUUGGGCCCUGGAAGUCGGGGGGACACAAAAUACGGAAUCUAUUCCAUGGAAAAUGAGCAGAGUACUCAUUUGCAGUCGCAGAGGGGCUUGCUUCUCCAGGGGACAGAGAGCCUGAACCGAGCCACUCAGAGCAUUGACCGUUCACACCAGAUCGCUGCAGAGACGGAUCAGAUAGGUACAGAGAUAAUCGAGGAACUUGGGGACCAGCGAGAGCAAUUGGAACGCACCAAAAGCAGAUUAGUGAACACAAGCGAAAACCUAAGCAAAACCCGUAAGAUCCUGCGUUCCAUGUCGAAAAGAGUUAUGACUAACAAGUUGCUGCUGUCUGUCAUCAUCAUCCUGGAACUAGCCAUCCUAGGAGGUGUGGUCUACUACAAGUUCUUCCGCAAGAGCUGAGCUUGCACAGCCCAGAUUGGUGUUCCCCUUUGUUUCUCAAGGAUUAUGCAUGGACAUAAGUGAGAAACUGGGUGGCAGUAGCGCCAGAAGUGGAUGAGAUGUCUAGUCCAGUUGGAAGUUCUCUGGUUGAGCUGUCAGGUACUGACUCUAGAAAGACAUGGUGGUUAUAAAGAAAACACAGACUAAGACUGAAGUAAUGGUAAUAGACAGUAAUAAUUAUUUUAUUACUUGUCUAAAUUUACAUAUUUCUAAUUGACUAAAUGAAUAAAACGUAUACAUCAUACAGUA